GAUGACAAACAGUGAGGAGAAGGUCGUAGUGGGCAUUUUUUCGACACCAUUAAAUUGGUCUUGCUCUCUUCGACUACUCGACUUUAUGCCAAUAUUUCAGGCAGAGUUAUUGGCGAUCAUCCUAGCUCUACGAAAACUUCUGACAUCUAUUUAUUCAGCCGUAAUCUUAAGCGACUCCAUGUCUGUUUGCUCCGCUUUAUCAGUGCCCAAUUCAAAUAUCAUUCUCCGACAAUUUCAUUGAUCCAUACCCCAACAUUUACGCCUCAUCCAUCUGGCAUGGGUGCCAAGGCACGUAGGGCUCACUUUAAACGAGUCAACAGACGCACUAGCAGCGGCAUCUCUUAAAGGCCCGGUACUGAGAAUCCUAAGACCUUCGGCAUACGUCACUUCUGCAAGAUUUCAAAAAUUUUCCGUCCAAGUACAACAUGCCAAAUCAUGUGUAUUAAAUAACGCCGAUUUCCAGCACCUUAGAUUUCCUUGGCACAGCAGGUGCUGUUCAACAAGAAAGUUUGAAGUUUCAUUUACGCGAAUAUACGUUGCCGAAUACCAAGGCUUAAUUUCUAUUCCCAUAGGUCUGGUUCGGCACCUUCCACUCAAUGUUUUUACUGCAAUGAACCCGAAACUAUGGAUUAUUUCUUUAUAGAGUGUCGUAGGUUCACCAUGCAUAGAAAACGACUUCUAGAAGGUCCCCUCCGCCAACUUGGAUUAGCCAUUACGCUACCUAUCAUUCUGUCUCUGGGGGCGUUGUCACUAGGACACUGCAAUGGCAACGUAUGUGAUGCCAUAUUUAAUUUUAUAUUGAAACAAGGAGACUGCCAUGCUAAUCUCACCGUUUUACUUUCCGCAACAAGAAACCAAAAAUAGUAACUUCAAAUUUUAAGAUACUAUAGCAUGAAAAUUAAUAUUAACGAUUAGAAUUCAUUUAACAUCUCAUUCUUAAGUAAGAAAAUUCUAUUUACGUAUUCAUCCUUUUUCUACCCACUGCCGCCCGAUUCAUGGCCAAUCCCCCGUAGUGGGUUGUGCUAUAUCUACAGGCACCAAACCAACUAACCAAAGUGUAGAGCCCCGGGUAGUGAAGGAGGAAGCAGAAGAAGAAAAAUGGCCGACGAAGAGCAGCAGCUCGAUCAGGCUGUCGACAAGCGGAAAAAGAAGAUCCACUUCGCCGUCGAACCAUCCACGGGAGACCCUGAAGCAAGGGUAGCAGACGGCGCACCAGCGCUUGACGGAGACCUCCGAAGCGUUGGUCGCCUCGUUGUCGUACCUCCCCACCUGAGACACAGACAUGAGGAAGGCGGUGCCCAGCAGCCCCGGCUCUUCGGCAAGUACCGGCUGUCGCUGUGCCUCGUGCCACUCGGCUUCCUCGGCAUCAUCGGAGUAGCCUACUUGAUGGCUAUACCAGAGUCGCGCACGCCAAGCGGAACACAGAACUCGACAGCGUUGGCGGCAUCCACGAGUGCUGCGCCGUCUGCUGUCAUCCCAGGCAGACCUUUCCCGCGUUACAGGUAUGUGGCUCGUCCAGGCAUGUUCGACGCUCCGCGUGCGCUCGUCACGACGACGCGACCGGACAACGGCACCGUCACAUCGGAAGUCCCAAAGGUGUCCUGGGCUGCACACGUUCCCAGGAAGCCCAUAUGGUGCUUCUUUGACUCCAAGGACUUCACCUACACAGUGAGCAGCCUGCCGCUGGAACUGUGCACCGCCAUUGUCUUCUGCUGUCUAGAUCUCUCGCCAGGAGGAGACAGCGUUGCUGUCUUGGCGUCUGAUGAAGAGCGGUACCGUGCCAUCGCCGAGCACCGCAGGGCAUACCCCUGGGUGCGGCUGUUCGUGGGCGUUGGGGGCCCACGGGCCAUGGAGGAGGGCUUCCGCCACCUCAGCUCGCCCAAGGUGACCAACAUGACCGUGGUGCGUCUCUGCCGCAGCCUGCACAAGUUCUCCGAGCGCAUGGGAGGCGAAGGCGUCCUCUUCCACCCGCCAGCUAGCACCGACGGUGCCUACCACCAGUUCAUCGUGAACCUUCAAGAAUGUCUUGGUGCAUUUGACAUUGAGUUGAGCGUUGUGAUCCCCGAAGAUGCCAUCGACGACCGGGCAUUCGUCAAGUACGAGGCUUACUACAGGUUGCUUAAGAACGUGAUCGUGUGGGCGCACAUUCCAAACAUGAGCCACGUAACCUGCGCCUUCGAUGGAAGCUUCUUUGAGCCGUGGUUCGAGUGGCUGAAGCGCAAGCCUCUGUCGGUUGCCACCAAGAGCCUUCUGUCGCUGAGCCUGGCGCCGCUUCGCUACCCGAUGCCGUCCGCCCAGGCAGGCCGGAACUGCUUUCGCAAGGAGUCGGCGAUAAAGCCUCAGAGGGUUCCUUUCGCGCAGGUGUGCCUCAGAGUGCCUGACAUGGCGGCGGAGGAACCGCUACCGAGGACUGCGUGUCACGUGUACCACGACCUGCACGACUGCUACGUCACCUUCUCAUCCAAGGCACUGAGCGCCAUUGCCGAAGUGGUGAAUCGACACUUCCACAACGGCCUGGCCGUGGUCGAUCUCAACUUCGACGACUACCUCGGCGUUUGCGGCGAGCGCCACCGGCUCUUCAACGCACUCUACAACAUCGUCGAUGCGUCGUGAACUCUAGCGGCUAGAAGUUCGGGCUCGAACCUGGACGCGGCACAGCCUGGAGGUUAACGUACCUCAAAUGACUCUCGAAGCGGGGUGUCCCUGGAAGGCCGAAAUAAAAUUUCGUGUCUUGG